CUCGUGUGUCCUCGAGCUCUGAGGGAGGGACGGAGCUAACUGUCAGAGAGAGAAAAAAAGAGGGAGGGAGAGUGAGCGAGGGAGAGGAGAGAGAACAAGCGAAUGAGAAAGAAGGCAUGCAACACUGCUUUGCACUGUAAUACUGGAUUGUACUUCAACUGGAGCGGUUUGGCAGGUUUAAACACAUCAAAACAGAACAAAGAGACAGACUUUACAGCACCAUAAAAGAAUCUGCAAAAGAAAAGAAAUAAAGGGACGGAGCAAGUGAAUUCGCUGCGGCUAAAUAACAAAAGAAUUGAGGAAGAACCACGUUUAAUAUUUUUCAACUCGGUAACGGAACAUACGUUUGGACUUAUUAUUUUUAAGGGCAUAUUACAACUUCUUCAAGCGCCAGAAGUUUCUUGCGGGACAAAGUUUUGAAACAUUUUUUUUUUAUAUAUAUAUCUUUAAUUUGUUUUGGUUUUUCUUUGUUUUCAGACUAUUUAAAAAGAAAAUAUAGAUCGAAGGACUGUUUGACUUGCGAGGGCUUUUCAACGCCGACAUAAAAGUGGAAUUUAUCGUUUCAGUCAUUCAUAUGUUCGAAAUAUAUGAAUGCUCAAAUUAUUCAAGAGACGGAUUUCGUCCUCUCUCCUACAAUAUCUUUCUCUUUGCUUUUUGUUGAUGGUGUUUGUCAAAACACAAGCCAGACUUUUAAAGUUUGAAUAAUUCAUGAGAUAUAAUUUGCCUGCAUUAAAAAAGUUUCUGCAAAAGGGAGGGGGUGAUCAGCAAACAUAUUCAUAAGGUUAGCGGAAUGGCCACAGCGGCUUCCAACCCUUAUCUACCCAGCAGUAGUAUAUUAUCGUCCGGCUCCAUCGUGCACUCGGACUCCGGAGGUGGGAUGCAGCAGGGCAGUGUUGCGGUAACCUCAGUGUCCGGUGGGUACAGAGGAGACCCAGCGGUUAAAAUGGUACAAAGCGAUUUCAUGCAGGGCGCAAUGGCAGCGAGCAACGGGGGACAUAUGCUGAGCCACGCUCACCAGUGGGUGACGUCCUUGCCUCACGCUGCAGCGGCGGCUGCAGCUGCCGCAGUGGCCGCAGCUGAAGCAGGAUCGCACUGGUCGUCUAGUCCCGUUGGAAUGACAGGCAGCCCGCAGCAGCAGCAGGACGUGAAAAAUAACUCGGGGAGAGACGAUUUGCACUCUGGGACUGCGCUGCAUCACAGGCCCCAACAUUUAGGUCCCCACCAGACUCACGCGGGUGCCUGGGGUAGCACAACCGCUGCCCACAUCCCUUCUCUAACUGGGAGCCAGCAGCAGCAGCAGUCCCUCAUUUACUCGCAGCCAGGAGGCUUCACGGUGAACGGCAUGCUCAGUCCGCCAGGCAGCCAGAGCCUAGUACACCCCGGUCUGGUGCGUGGCGACACGCCGGAGCUCGAUCACAGCAGCCACCACCACCACCAUCACCACCAGCAUCAACAUCACCAGCAGGCACACCACGGAGUGAACAGCCACGACCCGCACUCCGACGAGGACACGCCGACGUCGGACGACUUAGAGCACUUUGCCAAGCAGUUCAAACAACGCCGGAUCAAACUGGGCUUCACGCAAGCGGACGUGGGCUUGGCGUUGGGCACUCUGUACGGGAACGUCUUCUCGCAGACCACAAUCUGUCGCUUCGAAGCUCUGCAGCUCAGCUUUAAGAACAUGUGCAAGCUGAAGCCGUUGCUUAACAAAUGGCUGGAGGAAGCAGACUCUUCCACAGGCAGCCCCACCAGCAUCGACAAGAUAGCGGCUCAGGGCAGGAAGCGCAAGAAGCGCACCUCCAUCGAAGUGAGCGUCAAAGGUGCGUUGGAGAGUCACUUCUUGAAAUGUCCCAAGCCUUCGGCCCAAGAGAUAACCUCUCUGGCGGACAACCUGCAGUUGGAGAAGGAGGUGGUGAGAGUUUGGUUUUGCAAUCGGAGACAGAAAGAGAAAAGGAUGACGCCCCCAGGAGUGCCGCAGACGCCGGAGGAUGUAUAUUCUCAGGUCGGCAAUGGACAUUUUUUAGUAGAUUACUUAAAAGAUGCAAGUUUAACUGGGCCGAGCGAACCGGGCGACCAGAGGGUGACAACUACAAGUUCGUUCCACCAGGUAAUAUUGGCGCAUUAACUUCAACUGAAAAAUAACAGAAAUUAGCAUUGAACAGCAACAUAUUUGCCCCCCAUUCCGUGUUGUACCAAUGUCUUGUAUGAGAGGCAAAAGACGCAGGCAAUUGUGUGUGUUAUUAUGGGACAUUGAACCUAAAACAAAGUGAUGAAAUUCAACUGAAACAAAGCGAAGAACAGUGGCAUCCACGAAGCUUCCAUCCAACUUGGCAGAGAAGACUGCAUGGUUUGAUAUUAUCCAAAAAUAUGGAAUGGAUUUUUUUUCCUGGCCUUCCAAUCCUUACAAAAACAACUAAAGAGUGCCCUCAGUUUCUGAUCUCCAAGAUCACGUUUU